AUGGAGAGUCCACGAUUGGGAGUACAGGCAGCCAAUCAAGAGAACAUGCUCAGCAUUUGUGGGGACCACUUUGUAUUCAUCCAUUUCCUCGGUGCUUUGCUCAAACGAAUGACAAAUCAGAACAUCUACUGCCCAGUUCAUACCGAAAGCCAUUGGAAACAGGACUCAGCAGACAAUCAGGAGAAUAAGAGAGAAUUGAAGAUGAUUGGACUAUUCCGAGCCGACCAGGAUGGGCGGCCAUUUCAACGACCAGCAUCUGGACCCCACAUUGGCGCCCUCAAAUUACCUGCAGACCCCGUUCUUGAUGACUAG